CCGUCACCGACUGCCAAGACAACAGGGAUCAAUCCUAUUAACAACUUCAACGACAUGGGCAAGCAAGAAGAAGGCCACAUUAAAAGACCCAUGAACGCGUUUAUGGUGUGGAGUCGUGGUAAGAGAAAGCAGUAUGCUGCGAUAAAUCCUCGAAUGCACAACUCUGAAAUCAGCAAGCGACUCGGAGCCGAGUGGAAAAUGCUUUCACAAGAGGAAAAAGAACCGUUCGUGGCGGAAGCGAAGCGACUGCAGGCCAUCCACAUCCAAGAGCACCCCGAUUAUAAGUACAAGCCGAAGCGACGCAAACCGAAAUCACUGCAGAAGAAAGAGCUUGCGGCCCCGAUGUUUUCGCCAUACAGCGCCCCAAUGAUGGCGGUCGAUAAAUUCUCAACGAAUCAAUUGCCUCAAACAAUAGCUCAUUCAACGGCUUUGUCCGCGGACCCAAUGUAUUCCAAAAUAAAUGGAGCAGCAGCGUUUCAUCACUCGGUUUCACCAGGAUAUCCAGUGAUUUAUCCAAACGUAACCGCAGUGAACACUCACCAUUCGGUGACUCCACCAUCGCGUCAGCUAUUCGCUAGUUCCUUGGACACGACACAUUCAUUCCGCGCCGCCGAUGUCAUGAGCCACAACAGAGCGUUGUACACCAGUCAAGCCUUCCAAACUGCGCUACCUUCCCAAAUGCAGCAGAGAAUUUCUAGCGUGGACGAAACACGAGGCGCCUCUAUCAGUAGUGGAGCGUCUUCCAGUCCGACUGCUUCAAGCAGUGACGCACCGAGCAAGUCGAGUGGUUAUACAGUUUCCACUGCUGAACUGAACGGACAACGCGUUUGGCAGCCUCAACAGGAUCUGUCCCGACCAGUGGCCUAUGUCCCGGUAUUGCUUUAA